GGGACGGCGGGCCCAAUGGGAUGAGGGGAUGGGGAUUCGCCGCACAAUGCGAGGCCAGAAAGACAACGUUGGAUGUGUUGCGACACUGGGACAAUCAGUCUGUCAUGGCUCCGGAUACUGAGCUUGCUUGCGCAUCAAGACAAAUAGAAAACUGCUAUGGCGAUUUCAACGGAAAAGCCACGCUUAUUCGAAGUCGAGAACACGAAUUUCAACAAGUUGCCGCUGGCUGUCGCACUGGAUAUCCGGGCCACGGAGUCGGUCGGAACCGGUCAGUGGGUCUUCUCAACCCGAAGCGCCGGGUCCGCGAGUGUCUCGGCAGCAAACGAUCGCCGAGACAUGGCUGGUGGCUCUUUGCCUUGGCGUGGCAUUCCAGUGGAGGGGCGAAGACGCAGCCCAAGAAACCGUCUUUUGGCGUUCUGAAGGCUUUUCGAGAUAUGUUCCACUCGAACACGACCAACGCCUCCGCUAAAGAAUUGGAGGGCUGCGGAAAGAAAGGAGAAGCCUCCAUGCCAUCUUUGAAACCCAUCCCCUACCCGCGCCACAGCGCUCCAUAUAACAACUGAAAGCCCACGACCCUGGACGCGAAUCUCAUGAGGUAGUGACAAGACGAUCGGGCUCAAUACAGACGCGCCCCUGAAUUCUAUUGGACCUCCCCUCAAUCCCCUCCUGCAGCAGGGUUUUAGCGUGUGCUCCAGCAUGUGCUUAUGUAGGUACGGAUGGGUUUUCUGUGUCUGCCAAUCGCCCUUGUACCGACAAGUCACCGGUAGGGCGUGGUGUGGAUUCGCGCCGAGACACUGACAUGAGCCCCCCAACCGCUGCAGCAAUUCGAGUCUUUAAAGCCGUUGCCCCAACCAUCUACAUACGACUUCCGGUUUUCCAACUUCCGGUUUUCGUAGGAGCAAUCGAAGGACCGGACAAGGGUUAGGGAACCGCAUUCAACCAGAAUUGCCCACCAUGUCGACGCAGACCGAGCUCCAACACCUCACCCCGGAGACACAGAUCCCGACCCCCGCAAAGACGCCGGCGACACCGCCGCCCCGGGACCCGUACUCGGCCGCCGAGUCCGGUAGUGGCAACGACAACGACAACGACAACGACACCGGCAAUGACCCCCACCGCGCGAGCCACGAGUUCUCCUCCCUCCCGCCCGUCGACGGCGGCAGGCGGGCCUGGCUCUUCCUCGCCGCCUGCUUCGCCGUCGAGAUGCUCGUCUGGGGGUUUCCCUUUGCCUUUGGCGUCUUCCAGAGCCACUACUCGACGAACCCGCCGUUCGCCGGCCAGCCCAACAUCGCCGUCAUCGGAACCUGUUCCAUGGGGAUCAUGUACCUCUCUGGCCCUGUCGUAAUCGGCCUCCUCCGCAUGUUCCCCCGCGAGUCCCGCCACGCGCCCAUCCUCGGCCUCAUCGUCAUGUGCGUCGCCCUCGCCGCCUCCUCAUUCUCCCGCACCGUUACCCACCUCAUCGUCACCCAAGGCGUCCUCUACGCCGUCGGCGGCGCCAUCGCCUACUGUCCCUGCAUCCUCUACAUCGACCAGUGGUUCGUCCGCCGCAAGGGGUUCGCCUAUGGUGUCAUGUGGUCCGGCACUGGCCUCGCCGGUGUCGUCCUGCCGCUCCUGAUGGAGCACCUCCUCGGCCGCAUGGGCUUCCGCACCACCCUUCGCCUGUGGUCCGGCCUGCUCUUCGCCCUCACGGCGCCGCUGGCCUUCUUCAUCAAGCCGAGGCUGCCCGCGUCGUCGACGACGCACGCGACGCCGGCGACGCACGCGCGCCCCUUCAGCAACCUGCGCUUCGCCCUGAGCCGCCCCUUCGCUCUGCAUCAGGCCGCCAACGUCGUCGAGGCGCUGGGCUUCUUCCUGCCGGGCAUCUACCUCCCCUCGUACGCGCAGUCCGCCCUCGGCGCCUCGGCCUACGCCUCGGCCCUGACGAUCCUCCUCGUUAAUGUCGCCUCCGUCGUCGGCUGCGUCGCCAUGGGGUCCCUCGUCGACCGCGUCUCGGCCCCGUCGUGCCUGAUGCUCGCCAGCGCGGGCGCGACGCUCGGCACGUUCCUCGCGUGGGGGUUCUCGUCGACCCUCGGCGUGCUGUACGCCUUCUGCGUCGUGUACGGGCUGUUCGCCGGCGCGUACACGUCGGCGUGGCCGGGCAUCAUGAAGGUUGUCGUCGAGCACGAGCGCGCGAGGGAGCGCGGCGUCGACCCGAGCAUGGUGUUUGGCAUGUUGGCCGCGGGGCGGGGGAUCGGGAACGUCAUCUCGGGCCCGCUCAGCGAGGCGCUGAUCAGGGGUGCCCCGUGGAAGGGGGAGGCUGGGUUCGGGUACGGCAGCGGCUACGGGACGUUGAUCGUCUUCACGGGUGUCACCGCGCUCGCGGGGGGAGCCAGCUUCGUGUGGAAGAGGCUCGGGUGGAUGUGA